AUGAUCAUGACUCCCUCGAAGCAGUGCUUGGUCGACAAAGGGUGCCUUCACACCGCGGAGCAGCUUGAUGGUGCUCCCCUGCUGCAUCCCUCCAACGUUGAGAUUGACAACCUGAAAGGCCUCGCGCAAGAGGUCGCCCAGCACUUUGGCCUCCCGACGGACUUCACCCCGACACAGUCUGUGAUGGUCUUCGAUUUUUCCGACACCAAGCGCCACGACCAGGCGCUCCUCUUCCAGGAAGCCCCUGCCGGCGGCCAACCUCUUCCAAUCUCGCUGGCAGGCGAUGCCUUGUUGGAGCCCUUUUGGCCGACAGGGCUCGGGUGUAUUCGCGGCUUCCUCGGUGCCAUGGACGCCGUGUCCUGCCUGAGCAGCUGGUUCGUGACGGGAGACCGCGAGCAGGCUCUGAAGAAGGCCGAAGCGGCGUACAG